AUGAGCGCUCACCUGAGAGCACGCGGCGGCGGCGGCGGCGGCGGCGGCGGCGGCGCGGCGACGCCCGCGCCCCUCGGCCGCCACGGGCGUCUGCUUGCUUGCCAGUCGCGCGAGAGCAGCCUGGAGGGCGCGAGCGGCGCCGCGCUGGAGGAGACCCUGAGGAGCCACUGCCUGAGGUCGGCCUUCCAGCUGCUGCUGCGGGAGCGGUGGCCCGAAAUGGACAGGUCGGGCGGCGUUUCGGUCGGCCGCGACCGCAAGCGCAAGUCAAAGCGCACUGCCAUGGGCGUCGCGCCGGGCAGCGAGGCGGCGACGGCAGCUGGCGGAGCCGCGGGAAACAGCGUGGGCAGGCCUGUGUCAGAGGCAGCGACACCGGGCGACGAGGAGUGGGUGGCGUAUGCCAUGCGCUGCCUGGGGCGGGUCGGCCUGGAGGGGCAGCUCGCAGAAUUGGAGCUGGCCUCGUUCUGGCGCGGGGGCGGGGGUCGCUCUGGCUGCAGCAGCAAAGCGGGAGGCGGGGCGCGCAGCUCAUGUUGUGGCGCUGACGAUGGCGGCAGCGGCGGCUGCGGCGGCGGCGGCGGCGGCGGCGGCAGCGGCGGCGGCAGCGGCAGCGGCAGCGGCGGCAGCGGCGGUGCGGCGAGGCGGCCGCUGUGCGACCGGCUGGCGCUCUUGCCCGCGGUGUGGUGGCUGCGCAUCUCCCCCUCCGCCCUCCUGGAAUUCCUGGCCGCCAAGCGCUGCGCGCUGUCCCCGGUGCCCCCGGGACGCUACCCGCCCGGCGCGCUGUCGCCGGCCGCCGCGGCCCUGCGGCUGGGCGUGCUGCCAGAGGGCGCCCCGCAGGCGCUGGACCACCGGUUCUUCCGCGUCAGCCCGGCCGCCGUCGCAGACAUCGACCCGCAGCAGCGCAUGGCCCUGGAGGUGACAUAUGAGGCCCUGCAGGACGCGGGGCUGUCGAUGGAGAGCCUGAGGGGCCUGGACGUUGGCGUCUUCGCGGGCGUGGGGCUGCCAGAGUUCCCCAUCCAGGACGGAGCGAAACCAGGGGCGGUCGGCACAGUCGGUGGCACAUACGGGUGCUUUAUUCCAAACCGCGUGUCACACUUCUUCGACUUCACCGGCCCCUCUGUCGCCCUCGACACUGCCUGCUCGUCGUCCCUCACCGCGCUGCACAUGGCGGCCAACAGCCUGCGCGCCGGGGACUGCUCCGCCGCCAUCGUGCUGGGGACGACCGCCCUGCUGUCCAGCUACGUCCUCCUGGGAGCCCUGGCCAGCGGCGCCGUCUCGCCGACCGGCGACUCGCGCCCGUUCGAUGCAGCAGCCAACGGCUUCGUGCGCGCCGAGGGCGCCGUCGCCAUACUGCUCGUGCCCGUCGGCCCCUGCAGCCUUGAGCUCGGGGAUGCGCUGGGCGGGGCGGCGCUGCGGCCGUACGGCUACAUCGUGGGCAGCGGGGCCGGCGCGGACGGCGCAAAGCCGUCGGCGGUCGCGCCGUCUGCGGCGGCGCAGCAGCGGCUGAUGCGGCAGGUACACAAACGUGCGGGCGUGGACCCGGCUGAUGUGUGCUAUGUGGAGGCCCACGCGACAGGCACACCCGUCGGUGACCCCAUAGAGGCGGCCAGCAUCGGCGCCGUCCUUGGCUGCAGCGGCCGCACCAUCCCGCUGCCCAUCGGGUCGCUCAAGGGCAACCUCGGCCACCUGGAGAGCGCCGCGGGCCUGGCCGGCCUGGUCAAGGUGCUGAUCACGGCCCGCCACCGUCUGCUGCUGCCCUCGGGGUCCUUCAGCAAGUGGAGCCCCAAGAUCGACGCCGCGGCGCUCAACCUGCGGGUCGUGACGGAGGUGGAGCCGCUGGUGCUGCCGCCCGAGUCGCCCGCCUUCAUCGGCAUCAACAGCUUCGGCAUGGGGGGCGCCAAUGCCUACGCAAUCGUCCGCGCACCAGAAGAAGGGGAGGAGUUGGAGGUCGUCGCAGACAUCACAGGCGCAUGCGUGGGGCUCUCGCCGCGCCGCCCGCCCCCGCCGCGCGCGCCGCUGCUGCCGCUACCGCUUGCGGCCCACGACAGGUCGCUGCUGGCGCCGUACCAAGAGCGCUGGGCCGAGUUGGCCUCCGCCGGCGGCGACGUCGACGCCGCGGCCCGCGCGCACCAGCGCGCCGCGGCGCUCGGCCUGCGCUUCCGCGCAGUCCUGCUGCUGCCAGCGGCUCCGUCUGCGCGCGGCGGCCCGGUCAAAGUGACCGCGGCGCCGGGGCUCGCCCCGGCCUCGGCGCGCGGCGUCCCGCCCCGCGUCGGCGUCGUGUUUUGUGGGCAGGGCACCCACAGCCCUGCGAUGGGCGGAGAGCUGUGGACGCACCUCCCCGCCUUCCGUGCCGGCGCCCUCGAGUUCGCCGCCGCCUACCCCGGCCCGCCGCUGCUGCUGACAGAGCGCGACUGGCCCCCGCCGGCGGCGGCCGCCGCCUCGCCGGGGCUACCAUUUGCGCCGGCGGUUGCGGCCGCCCUUGCCGCCCCGCCAGAGACUGGGGACCUACGGCUGACGCUGCCUGCAGUGAUGAUGGUUGGCUACGCCCAGUGGCGCCUUCUCAGCGCCCUGGGCCUGCGCUGCGCCGCCGCCGCGGGCCACUCUGCGGGGGAGAUGCUCGCGGCGCUGGCGGCCGGCGAGAUAGACCUGCAGCAGCUGUGCCAGCUAACCUAUGCGCGCGCCGCGGCUUUGGCCGCGCUGCCAACGAGCGGCGGCAUGGCCGCCGUCUCAGGGCCGCGGGCCGAUGUGGAGCAACUCCUGGCUGAGGCGAGCGCCGCCGCAGGCGCGGUCGCGUCGAUCGCCGCCGUGAACGCACCAGGGCAGUUCACCGUCUCGGGCGCAGCGGUGGCCGUGGGGGCGUUCGCCGCCGCGGCGGGCGCCACGGGGCUGCGCGCGCGGCCGCUGCCGGGGGCGCGCGCGUUCCACCACGGGCCCAGCGUUGCUGCAGUCCGCGGGGCGUUCUUCAGAGCAUUGGAGCAGGUGGGGUGGUCUGACCAGCCGGAGGCCCCUCUGCCACUGACAGGGGCAGCGACGGCCGCGACUGGCCGCGCUGCACCGGCCUUCUGCACAGCCGGUGUCCCUGCGUCCGGCCCUGACGGGGCAGGCUGCCGCUCCGCUGAGCGCUGGUGGCAGCAGCUGCUUCGGCCGGUGGACUUUGAGGCCGGGCUAUCGGGGAUGCGCGCCGCGCGCUGCGAAGCGGUGAUUGAGCUGGGCCCGCGCUCCGUGCUGAGUGGCUACGCAGCCGCCUCGCUGCCGGGCGCGGCUGCGCUGGCGCUAGUGCGGGGCACCGAGAAGGGCUCUGAGCUGCGGGAUGCGUUUGAGGCGGUGGCGCAGCUGUGGCUGGGCGGCGCGGAGGUGCGGUGGGCAGCGCUCCUGCAGCGUGGCCCGGCAGGGGCAGACUUCCCGCGCAUGCCAUGGCUGCACGCCGUCAACGCCGGCGGCGGCGCCGCGGCCUUCCACAGCUCGAAGAGCAGCGGGGCUCGCACCAUUGAGCACGUCGUCGCCGCCGCCAGUAAGGCGUUGGUGCAGGUGCCAGCCCUGAUCACCGCCGCGGCCGUGCUGCCUGCAGAGAAGCACGCAGCUGCGGCAACCCCAGUCAACGGCGCUGGCGGCGGCGCUGCGGCGGACGCGGCUGUGAGAGGAGGCAAGGGGCUGGCAGCGGACGCAUCGGGUGCAGUUGCGGGCGCAGAGGUGGCCGCUUUUGCAGCUGACUUUGGCGAGCUGACUGCUGCAUUGGAGGCCCGCGAGGCGCCGACGCUGUGUCUCGUUGCUGGCCGCGCGGAGGGCGGCGGGCUGCUGCUGCCACCCCUGGCGGACGUCGUCUUUGCGACUGCAGAUUCCACCUUCAGCCUGCCAGGGCUCUCCCGCGGCCGCCUGCCUGCCGUCUUCUCACGUGCGCUUCGCCACUGCCUGCCCGCCACCGCGAUCUGCCGGCUGGCGCUCACCUACGAGCCGCUGCCGGCGCCCAAGGCGGAGGCGAUGGGUCUGGUGGACGCCGUGUUUGCCACCCAGCCUGCCGCAGACGCCGACCUCGCGGCCUCCGUCUCCCAGCUCUCGCGCCUGCCGCCGGCGCUGCCGGUCUCCGCCAAGCGGCUGCCGGCCCGCAGUGUCGAGGGGGGCCAGCUGGCGGAGGCCAGGGCAGCGGCGAGGGCUGUCGGGUGCCGCUGA